AUGGGAAAAAGAAAAUCGAAAAGUAGCGAGACCGAAACUGAUGCUACAGCUGUUACUCUUGCUCCCUCUGUAGAAGAAAGCUUUCCUCGUGGCGGCGCCAGUGCCUUGACACCUCUCGAACAUCGUGAAAUUGCUAAUAAAGCGGCACAAGAUCUCUUUUCUAGUAAAACUGAAGACAGCACAGAAGAUGCAGCAGAACCAGCAAAGAAGAAGAGAAAGCCUUUGAAAAAGACAAAAAAGACCACACCUGUCAAACAAACCAAGCCAAAAUCAGACAGAGCAUAUAUUGAACAGUUGAACUUCAAGAAAUUGACAGUUGGCACUUCAUUCUUGGGUUGCAUUUCUCGUAUCAACGAGUUGGAUUUAUUUGUUUCCUUGCCUCAUCAGUUAGUGGGUGUUGUAGCUAUCACUGAAAUAUCAGAUGCCUUAACAGCCAUGGUUGAAAAAGCAGCUAAUGAAGACGAAAAUAUGGAAGAUUCAGAUGACGAUGAUAGCAAUGACAUUUCCUUGCCCAAGUUAGAUAAAUUAUUCCGUGUUGGUCAAUGGGUCCGUUGCAAAGUUAUCGCUUUGCAAUCAGAGAACAAAAAAAUGAUUGAAUUAACGCUGAAUCCCAGUAAAGUAAAUGAAGAUGUUCCCAAGAUUGAUAUUACACCAGGAAUUACCCUAGGUGCUACCGUUCAAAGCGUUGAAGAUCAUGGUUAUAUUUUAGACUUGGGUGUGAAGGAUUUAGCAGGAUUUUUGCCAAUGAAAGAAUCCGAGUCUUACGUUAAGCAAUACAACCGUAAUGAGGAACUCGUUGUGGGUCAAUAUGUUGAAUGCGUUGUAGAAAAAGCGGCAGGCCGUACUGUCAACGUUUCAAUUGAUCGUUCAAAGAUCGCCAGUGCAGUAGUCGAAGCUCCUUUCUCUAGCAUCGUCUCUAUCCUUCCAGGACAGUUAGUGCAAGGCAACGUUCAAGCUGUUCAAAAUAAUGGCUUAGCAGUUAAAAUGCAAGGCCUUUACUCAACAACCAUCGAUAUGUCACAUAUUCCAACCUCAAAAGAUAUUGAAAAUGAUUACAAAUUGGGUCAAAACAUUACCUUCCGUACAUUAUUUACUAUUCUCAACACGGAUGAAAAGAAAAUCGGCGGUACACUGUUGAGCCAUGCUUUAGAAUUGGACGUCCCAUCUCUCACAGACAACCAGAAAUCAGAUAAGUUUGUUGCUGAUCUUUUCCCUGCAGGCUCGUUUUUAGACAACGUCAAAGUUGCACGUGCAAAUAACACUGGUAUUUGGGCCACUUUGGAUAAGGUGACUGGUGUUUCCGGUUUCGUCCACAUCUCUCGUUUAGCUGACGAACGUAUUGCCAACAUUACUCCCACCUCCGGCAAAUUUAAGAUCGGUAGUGUUCACCGUGCGCGUGUAUUAUCUUACAAUCCUGUAGACGCUCUUUUGGUUUUGUCUUUACAACCUAGUGUUUUGGCCGAAAAAUACUUACGUAUUACGGAUAUUGAGGUUGGCUCGGAUAUCGAAUGUGAAAUUGAAAAGCUGAUUGAUGCAGGCAUUUUGGUCAAAAUAUCCAAGUCUAUUUCUGGUCUUGUUCCCGCUAUUCAUAUGGCUGAUGUAAAGUUGACUCGUCCGGAACUCAAAUUCAAGCCAGGCAAAAAAAUCACCUGCCGUGUGUUUAGAAUCGACCCCGUCAAGCAAAAAGUCUUUUUAACACUCAAAAAAUCAUUGAUCAACAGUGAAUACCCACUUUUCAAGGACAUUCGCGACCUUAAGGUGGAUGAUGUUUCUCACGGUGUGAUCGUUGCUAUCAGAAGCAACGGCUGUAUCGUGUCUUUCUAUAACGGUGUAAGUGCGUUUGCGCCAGGCAGUGAAAUGACGGAAACACAUGUGAAAGAUUUUAAGGAGGUGUUUAAUAUCGGUCAAACAGUAAAAGCAACCGUGCUGACAGUGAAUCCUGAAGAAGGCAAACUGUUAGUCUCUUUCAUCAACUCUAAAAAGAAAGCAGAAAAGCAGGCUGCUAGUAAGGCCAGAUUGGAGGCAAAGCAUGAAGCGAAGAAUGAUGCUCUUGCGCCUGGUAAAAUCGUUACCGCUACCAUCAAGUCAAUCAAAAAGACACAUAUCAACCUUAUCUUACCUGGUGAUUUUGAGGGUCGUCUUCAUGCCUCUGAAGUUUAUAACAACAUGAGCGACAUUACUAAUCUGAAAGCACCCCUUAGUCAGUUCAAAACCAAGCAAGAGAUUCAAGUCAGAAUUUUAGGUGUUCGUAAUAUCAAAUUGAAGACUUACCUACCUAUCACUCACGCUGCUAAAGUGAAGCAACAUCUCGAAUGCUCCCUCAAAUUGGAAAGCAAUGAUGACGGAAGUUCUCGAGAGCUUCGUAAUCUUAAAGUGGGUGAUGAAUUCAUGGGCUUUGUAUCUGAUAUUCAUUCUGGAUAUGCACUUGUCAGUAUUAGCAGUCAUACGACCGGUGUUUUGCACAAGCAGUUGGCCUCAGCCGAUCCCACUAUAUGUAACGAUCUGUCGAAACAUUUCGUUGCUGGUCAAGCCAUUCGUGCUAUCGUUAUGUCUGUCGAUGCCAACAAAGAAACAAUUGAGUUUAUGAAUUUGGAUGAUGAAAAGACACCUCGCAUCACUAGUAUCUCAGAUGUCGAAGUUGGACAAGUACUUAAUGGUAUUGUCAAGAGUGUCAAUAAGGUGACAGGUCUCAAUGUCCAUCUUCUUAACAAACUGCAUGCCAAGGUUUAUCUUACUGACAUUGCUGAUACGUAUACCGAAGACCCUACUGCAGCUUAUAAAGAAGGAGACGUUGUUCGCAUGGCUAUCAUUGGUGUAAAUAAAGAACGUGGUCAAAUUGAUGCUUCCUUAAGACCUUCUCGUAUCUAUCCUGAUAUUGAAUCAAACGAAGUCAAGUCUUUCAGUGACAUCAAACGUGGCAAUGUCUAUGAAGGUUAUGUCAGUAACGUUUCUUCUGUUGGUGUAUUUGUUAAAUUGAAUCACAAUAUUGCCGCACGUGUCAAGAUUGCCAACCUAUCAGAUUCAUUUGUGAAGGAAUGGAAGGACAUCUACAAGUUAGGUCAAUUAGUAAAGGCUAAGAUUAUUUAUAUUGAUUACGAUAUGCAACGUCUUGAGGCCUCCUUGAAAACCAGCGUAGUAGAAGGAACCUCAAAUCCUGCUGGUGAAAAGAAGAAAGCACAACAUCAUAUUGAAUCAGAUAGUGAUGAGGAAAUGCCUGAAGUUGACGAGUCUGAUUCUGAUGAAGAAAUGCAAGAUGUCUCUGCUAAUGAAGAAGACGAAAGCGAUGGUGAAGAUGAGGAAAAAGAAGAAAACGCCAUUGCAUCUGAUGGUGGCAACGACAGCGGAGAGGAAGACGCUGAAGAAGAUCAAGAGGCUGCACCUACGCCUGCUUUGAAGAUUGAUAAUUUCGAUUGGACUGGUAUAAACAAUAGACCCGAUUCAAGUGACGAAGAAGAGGAAGAUUCUGAUGACGAAGAUGAUGAAGAUUCCACCAAGUCCAAGAAGAAGAAAAAUCAAAAGCAAGAAGUGGAAGAUAUCACUGCUGAACUCAACACAAACGCACCGCAGACAGCAAAUGAUUAUGAACGCUUGCUUGUCGGUUCACCUAACUCAUCAUAUCUUUGGAUUAAUUACAUGGCAUAUCAAUUGCAACUAUCUGAAAUUUCAAAGGCUCGUGAUAUUGGUGAACGUGCUUUGAAGACAAUCAACUUCCGUGAAGAACAAGAAAAGUUGAAUGUUUGGGUAGCCUUACUCAAUUUGGAAAAUAAUUUUGGUACUGAGGAGAGUUUGCAAGAAGUUUUCAAACGAGCAUUGAUUUAUUGUGAACCCAUCAAAGUGUAUAAGCAACUGGUCAAGAUUUACGAACGUAGCGACAAGCAAGAUAAGGCUGAAGCCCUUUAUGAAGAAAUGACAAAGAAAUUCGGCCAAUUACCUGAAGUUUGGACUGGUUUUGGACUCUAUUGUCUUCAAAACGAUAAAGUUGAAAAAGCGAGAGAAUUACUUCAACAAAGUCUGAAGGUUUUACCCAAGUUUGAACAUGUACAAACAAUUGUCAAGUUUGGUCAAAUGGAGUUCAAACAUGGUGAACCUGAACGUGGUCGUACAAUACUUGAAGGUGUCUUGAGCAAUUAUCCUAAACGUCUAGAUUUAUGGAAUAUAUAUCUAGAUAUGGAAAUCAAGACUGAUGUGGAGAAAGCAAGGUAA